CAAAACUAUUCUGUAAUCAGUUUAAACUCUAUAUAACGUUCAGGUCUCUCCUAUCUCACCAGUUUUUACGUACUAGUGAUGAACUUCCUUUAACCACGUUUACGUAUCGUUUUACUGUGAACUAGUUCGCGUCCUUGAAUAGAAAAAUUUGAAAAAAAAAUGGGGAACAACAACACAGCUUUGAAUUUCGGCGCCGGUCCUGCAAAACUGCCAAGAGAGGUCCUUCAGGAAGUACAGGCAGAACUUCUAUCGUUUCAAGAUUCUGGCAUGAGUAUUAUGGAAAUGAGUCAUAGGUCUGCAGAAUAUACGAAAAUAAACAAAGAUGCUCAACAAUCCAUCAGAGAAUUAUUAAAAGUACCGGACAACUACAAGGUGCUCUUCAUGCAAGGUGGCGGUGUGGGUGGGUUCGCAGCAGUUGCGAUGAACCUAAUGAACAGGACCGGCUCCGCCGAUUACGCAGUCACCGGAACUUGGUCUGCUUCUGCCGCUAAAGAAGCUCAGAAGUACGGCAAAGUAAAUCUUGUUUUUCCAAAAGCAGACAAGCCUGGAAGUAUACCAGAUGAGUCUACUUGGAACUGUGAUCCUAACGCUUCAUACCUCUACUAUUGUGAUAACGAAACUGUGGAUGGUGUUGAAUUUCCUUACAUUCCAAGUAAUCCUCACAAUGUACCGUUAGUAGCAGAUAUGUCUUCCAGUAUUAUGACUAAGAGAGUUGACGUUUCCAAGUUUGGAGUCAUUUUUGGCGGUGCUCAAAAAAACAUCGGACCUGCUGGAGUGGUAUUUGUCAUAAUUAGGGAAGAUUUGCUGGGAAAACCGAUGGAUAUUUGCCCUUCAGUAAUGAAUUUCACGCAUAUUGACAAGUGCAACUCAGUUCAUAACACACCUGCCACACUUAGUGUGUACAUAAUGGAAAAAGUGCUCAGAUGGAUAAAAGCGAACGGAGGUGUAGAAGGAAUGGAAAAACAAUCUCAUGAAAAAAGCUCUUUGUUAUACAAAACUAUUGCGAAUUCGAAUCAGUUUUAUAGCUCGCCUAUUGAUGAGAAUGUAAGAAGUAGAAUAAAUAUACCGUUCAGAGUGGGUGGCCUCGGUGGUAAUGAUGAACUUGAGGCUCUAUUCCUCGAGAAGGCUGAGAAAUUGAAAAUGUACCAGUUGAAAGGACACAGAUCUGUAGGUGGAAUGAGAGCUUCCCUUUACAACGCAGUAUCAUUGGAAGAUGUUAAUUCAUUAGUUAAGUUUAUGCAAGAAUUCCAAAAAUUACAUGCAGCAUAAAAUAAAAGAUUAGGAAAUAUAUUAAUUUAUUGAUUACUCAAAUUUGUACAUAAUUUAUAUAUACGAAUUUACAGCUAAUAAAAAAUUUCUAUAAA